GAGUUUAGUAAAGCCCCUGAGAGAAGGAGAGAAAUAAAGAGAGGUAGAAAGGGAAAUGUAGAAAGGGAGAGGGGAGUGUCUGUUCAGAAAACUUCCUGUGAAGAGCUGCCGACAUACAGAGCUGAUCUAGAGAGGGAAGAAAGGAGCAAAGAAAGCUGGCGACAUCACAGGGUCCUACAGGUGAAACUCAAGUGCAUCUUUUACAUCGAGUUGAAGCCACACCGUCAGCAUGGGAAAGCAGAACAGCAAGCUCCGUCCCGAGGUGAUACAGGACCUGCUGGAAAACACCGACUUCACUGAGCAUGAGAUCCAGGAGUGGUACAAGGGCUUCCUGCGGGACUGUCCCAGCGGCGCGCUCAGCAUGGAGGAAUUCAAGAAGAUCUACGGCAACUUCUUCCCCUAUGGAGACGCGUCAAAGUUUGCCGAGCACGUCUUCCGAACCUUCGACGCCAAUGGAGACGGAACGAUAGAUUUCAGAGAGUUCAUCAUCGCCCUGAGCGUCACGUCGCGCGGCCGUCUGGACCAGAAGCUGAAGUGGGCCUUCAGUAUGUACGAUCUGGACGGGAACGGAUACAUAAGCAAGGCCGAGAUGCUGGAGAUCGUACAGGCCAUCUAUAAGAUGGUUUCUUCAGUGAUGAAGAUGCCAGAGGACGAGUCCACACCUGAGAAACGCACGGAUAAGAUCUUCCGCCAGAUGGACACCAAUCGUGAUGGUAAGCUGUCACUUGAAGAGUUUGUAGAGGGUGCUAAGAACGACCCAUCGAUCGUGCGACUGUUGCAGUGUGAUCCCAGCAGUGCGGGACAGUGAAUCAGCAGUGUCUCACAACCUCUCUUACACAAGUCUUUUCUCCUUCCAACAUCAGCAGAGCACGGACUCCAAACCACAUCCCCAUCUCAGUGUCUGUGGGUGUCCCUCUGAACAUCCAUUCAUCUCCCACAGACACGCACUGGGGAACAGUGAAAACCAGUCAUACAGAGAUCAUACACACUAAGAAGCUUGUGUUCAAUUCUCUCUCUCUGGUUAUUCAGUUCCUCAUAUAAAGCUUUUUUUUGCAAUUUAACACAACAGGCAGUGAUGCUAGUGACAUUUGACGUUUGGUACUGAAAUAAAUCCCCUCCAAAAGGGCUUUAAAUAUUAAAAGGGAGUCGAAGCAAACUUUUCCAAGCAUGCAAAAUGCACCAGAUAAUUUAACACUCCAAAAUAUAAUUUAUUUAAUAGUUAUUUUCAAGAAUUUAAUACAUUUAACAAAUGUUAUUUCUAGUGUUCCUAGUGUUUCAGUUCCAUUGAGCAUAAACAUCUAUUUAAAAGAGGCUCUUGGAUGACAUAUCAGGUUUUAUACUUGAGUUUUUUUUUUUUUUUACAUGUAUUGCAUUAUGAUGUCAGAGCCUGAUUCUUAAGGGGUGGUUUUAAUGAGCAUCAGUAUAACCUUUCAAACUAAAUAAUAAUAAUUCUUUAAAAAUAUAUUUUUUACAUAUUUGUUAAACCUGUCAUUAUGUCCUGACAGUAGAAUAUGAGACAGAUAAUCUGUGAAAAAAAUCAAUGUCCUCUGGCUCCUCCCAGUGGUCCUAUUGCCAUUUGCAGUUACUCACCGCUCCCGGUAAGAAAACAACCAAUCAGAGCUGCUGUCCGUAACUUUGUUUGUGUUUUCAAAAUUUAGAAAAAUAUAUAUAAUAAGCGAGUACACCAUGAAUCCAUUUCCCAAACCGUAUUUUUAGCUUGUCCUGAAUCACUAGGGUGCACCUAUAAUAAGUGUUUAUAUUCGGACUAUUUUAGAUUGCUUCGGGGGUACCGCGGCGGAGUAACCCAGUACCUUUGUGAUUCUUCAUAGACAUAAACAGAGAGAAGUAGUUCCGGCUACGACGUUCUUCCGCAAGACGCAAGCAGUUCUGUUUAUUAACCGCUAGAGCGUCAAAAGUUACCUACCGCAGCUUUAAUACUCACUUGCAUAGGACUGACGAUAACAAAAAAGUUGGAAAAUAUCAUGAAACUAAUAAAUAUUUUUUAUAAGGACAACAAUAUUAAUCUUGCUGCCUCAAAAGAGGCAUGAAAAAGUAUUAGACAAAAAAAAGUGUGGAAAUAAAAAUGUAUGAAACGGCUGUUUUUAUUGAAAUAUGCCAUUUUUUUGUUUUGUUUCAAAUAAUCAUGUGUACAGUAAAAGCCUAUGUACUAUGUAGGACUGUGACAAUGAACAGCGAAGACCACACGAUACUACGCACACGCACGACGGACCAUGAACCCCCUGCAGCAUUUACUGUCUUCAGCUUUCCAGCCACUUUCUACUCCCACCUCGAUUCAGUCAGUCAGUGAUUCAUCUUCUGCCCACACCAUCAGCUGUGAACAAAUACUACAGCUUAGCUAGUGUAAGUACUAUUUAAACGUGACUGAAUCUUGGCCUUAGUAUUCGGUUCAGGUCUCUAUUUUUAUAUCCGGCUCAGAUCAUUUUGCACGUUGUGGAUCUUCACCUCAAACUGAAUGUAUUCUCUGCAUCUCCUGGGACGUUCUGUACAUUUCAGGAUGAAUGUGUGUGUGUAUGUGUAUGUGCUAUGUAUAUAAAGCUUUUUGAGUUCUCGUGUGUUUGUUCAGUGUUCGUCUAUGCAUACCGUGCGUUUCACUCAGCACUUGUGAGCAUGCAGUCAUGUAAAAUGUUCAUAUGUAGGAAUAUUUCUACACAAUCUCAGGGUUAGAGGUGACCGUGUAAGUGGAUGGCAUAUGCUUUUCGUGUAUUGCAAAUCUGUAGUCCAUUUAUAAAUACACAGACACUCGCUCACGUGUAGGUCACAUCAUAUCUGAGGAGAUGGAGAGACUCUCUCAUAAAAAAUAAAAACUGUUUAGCAUUUCAUUUCUAAACCACACAAGACAGCAACAUGUGGUCAAGUGCCAAACGCAGAUUGAAUAUAUAUGGCGAAACAAACAGUGUUCUGUCAGUGUAAGCUGUGCGACUAAACGUUUGUCAUCAUCAUUUUGUAGAUUUUAUAUAACCUGUACAUGGUGUGGGGGUAGAUAUUACGAACACAUGCAUCUGUUUUGGUUUUAUCAUAAAUAAAAGAAAAGAAAAUGUU